GUAUGUGCUCUAUAAUGGCAAUGAGGUAAAAGUAAUGUUGUUUUUUGUAUUUAUCUGUUUUCCACUAUACACGUUUGUUUAAAUGUUGUUGCAACAUUCACAAAAUUCCUGUUUAAUAUUCAUGAUUUUGAACAGCCACUGUUUAACCGGCUCUAGAAACGUAUUUGUAAAUUAGUUAAAUGCUGGUAUUAUCCGUUGACGCACAACAUAUGAUAACAGGGCACUGUACAGGGUAAAGUUUUAACUUCACACAGGGGAGUACAAAGAUUUGAAGCCAAUUUUAUUAUUUUCCCGCUGUCUUUUUUCUUGAAUUCCAAGUGCUGUAGUUUCGACGGCCGUCUCCAAAUAGAUAUUUCGGUUGUCUAUCUGGCGAAUACAAGUAAGAAUAUCGGUAUAAAGUUGAUUUGAAUGAACUUCUCAAAAAAAUGCAAGCAGGGCCGGUGUAUCAAUGACAGUCUACGGCAAAAUCGUGUGGAUGCUGGUAACCGCAUUUGCUCCAGCUUAGAAGCGCCUUGCUUGUGAUUCACUCUUCAUCAUCUGUCAUAACUGAUGUCUGCAGUUUGCAGCCCUGUCUUCAUCCCACGACACCCCAGUUCGGUAACUGAGCUGAGCACCGGCGGAUGCUCUUCCUAUCUCAAUGGUAGAGACCGGCUGCCCAAUCCAAGCCAAUGACAGGACAAGCCGCAGGGUUCGCCCCAGCAUGCGUGACGAAGAUAACGAACUCAAAAACGGACGCGUAAUUUUACGGACGGCGAAGUGCCUCGGGUCUCGGAGGCUCCGACGCUUGUGGCGGUCAGGAAUGAGCCGGUGAAACGCCAGCACUGGGAGCAAGAGCGGCUGUGGGGUUGCGGAGCUUGCUGGGAAAUGGGAAAACCCUGCACAUCCGGGCUCUCGGGGUGACAGACGGCUGGGCUCUCCGAGCGACUCGGGGACGGGAAAAGCAGGAAAACCUUCGGGCGCCGAUCCUCCGCAGCGGAGCGGGGCCAGCAGACACCGGCAGCCGGCGAUCCUCCGCGGUCGGGCCCGCUUUGCCGCUCGGAGCCGCGUCCGGCGAUGAGCUAGAAGCCCGGGGGCCAGUCGAUGUGCCCUCUUCCGCGGAGCCCUGGAACAGCAGGCGUGUCGAGGAGAAGGAGCCCCGUGCAGCCCUCCGCUCUUGCCCGCUAGCGACGCCCCCUGCUGGCGAGAGUGUGGUGCCCCACUUCGCCUUGAUUGCCCACGUACAUGUUCUUUCAUGAAGAGAGGGGAGAAGCCCGAAGGAUACCGACAGAUGCGGCCCAAAACCUUCCCAGCGAGUAACUAUGGGGGCAGCAGCCAUCAGAUGCUGCAGGAGAUCCGAGAGAGCCUUCGGCACCUCUCCAGGCCCUCGGACGCCCCCAAAAUGGAGUCCGGUGCUGCUGGGAAGGGGCCGGUCGAAGACCCCAGGCAGCAGGGGAGAAACAGCAACCCCAAGUUCAACACGUACCACAAGGCUCUGCAGGAGAUCCGCAAGUCCCUGAUGCCCUUCGCCAACGAGUCCGGCUCCUCGGGCAGGGGCACCUGCGAGGUCAACAAGCAGAUGCUAAUGGAGUUACAGAACGCCGGGUUCGAGGAGGUAAGCCUGUGUUCCGAGCAGGGUGCUUUUUACAGCGUUUUAUCCCUCGCAGGUUCGGGUCACAUCCAGCAGCCUGUGCUCCGCAAGCAAAGCUGGAAGGGUUCCAAGGAGUCCCUGGUUCCUCAGAGGCACGGGCCCCCUCUGGUGGAGGGGGUGAUGUACCGCUCCGACAGCCCCGGGCCCCCAGCGGAGCUGGGAGGGCGCCCCCCGUCGGGCUCGGGGCUCGCGGCCUUCUCCCAGGGACACCCGGGCAACGGGCAGCGGGUCAACCCCCCCCCUCCUCCACAGGUGCGCAGCGUCACCCCUCCACCCCCUCCGACCAGGGGCACCACCCCGCCCCCGCCUUCCUGGGAGGGCAACCCCUCCACCAAGCGCUUCUCGGCCAACAUGGAGUACCUGGUGCACCGGAUCUCCCCGGUCCCCCAGGGGGCCUGGCCCGACGGGUACCCCACGCCACCCCCGCAGAGCCAGAGAGGGAUCAGUCCCGUGCCAGUGGGCCGCCAGCCCAUCAUCAUGCAGAGCUCGGCCGCGAACAAAUUCAGUUUUCCUUCUUGCUGGGCGCAGAACGGCUCGGGGCAGCCUGACUACGUGGGACACCAGAACGUGGGCAGCGGCCGACAGCCUCCCCCUCCUUACCCCGUGAGCCAGGGCAGCAGGCAGAGCCCCACGGCUUUACAAAUGCAGGGCGGUGGGCCCGCGUCCUCCCCCUCGUACGUGAACGGCGGCAACAUCCCCGCGUCCAUGAUGGUGCCCAGCCGGAACAGUCACAACCUGGACCUUUACAGCCACGGCAUCCCCGGCUCCUGGCCCCAGCCGCCCCCUCCCUCCGGCCAGCCCCAGUCUCCCCCGGGCGGGAACGGCCACGAGGUCCCCCCGCCCUGGCAGCACAACAUCCCCGUCCGCUCCAACUCCUUCAACAGCCACCAGCUGAGCGGCCGGCAGGGCUCCCAGCCGUCCGCCACCACGGUGAAGGCCAUCACCCAGGCGCCCAUCCUGCAGCCCGUUAAGAGCAUGCGGGUGCAGAAGCCCGAGCUGCAGACCGCCGUCGCCCCCACCCACCCGCCUUGGAUGCAGCAGCCGCCGCCCCCCAGCCCGUUCCAGGACGGGCCCCAGCCUCUGGGUCCCGGGGCCGCAGUGGCCGCCGAGGUGCCCAGCUACCAGGGCCCCCCGCCGCCCUACCCGAAGCACCUCCUCCAGCCGCCCGCCCGCCGCGCCGAGGAGCAGGGGCCCGGGCCCGGCCGGAAGGAGCAGCAGCAGCAGCAGCAGCAGCAGGAGGAGGAGGCGGCGGGAGCCGGCGGGGGCGGCUCCGGGGAGCGGGCGGAGUCCGCGGAGGCGGGGGGCAGCGGCGCGGCGGCCGACCGGGAGAAGAAGCAGAUCACCACGUCCCCCGUGCCCGUGCGCCGCAUCAAGAAGGACGAGGAGCGCCGAGAGUCGCGCAUCCAGAGCUACUCCCCCCAGGCCUUCAAGUUCUUCAUGGAGCAGCACGUGGAGAACAUCCUGAAGAACCACCAGCAGAGGAUCCGGCGCAAGAAGCAGCUGGAGAGCGAGAUGCAGCGGGUGGGACUCUCGGAGGAUGCCCAGGAGCAGAUGCGCAUGAUGCUCUGCCAGAAGGAGUCCAACUACAUCCGGCUAAAGAGGGCGAAGAUGGACAAGUCCAUGUUCGUGAAGAUCAAGACGCUGGGCAUCGGGGCCUUCGGGGAGGUGUGCCUGGCCAGGAAGGUGGACACCAACGCGCUGUACGCCAUGAAGACGCUGCGCAAGAAGGACGUGCUGCUGAGGAACCAGGUGGCUCACGUCAAGGCGGAGAGGGACAUCCUGGCCGAGGCGGACAACGAGUGGGUGGUGCGGCUCUACUACUCCUUCCAGGACCGAGACAACCUGUACUUCGUCAUGGACUACAUCCCGGGCGGGGACAUGAUGAGCCUGCUGAUCCGCCUGGGCAUCUUCCCCGAGGAGCUGGCGAGGUUCUACAUCGCCGAGCUGACCUGCGCCGUGGAAAGCGUGCACAAGAUGGGCUUCAUCCACCGCGACAUCAAGCCUGACAACAUCCUCAUCGACCGCGACGGGCACAUCAAGCUCACCGACUUCGGCCUCUGUACUGGUUUCCGGUGGACGCACGACUCCAAGUACUACCAGAGUGGCGACCACGCCCGGCAGGACAGCAUGGACUUCAGCAGGGAGUGGGAGGACCCUGCAGGCUGUCGCUGCGGGGACCGGCUGAAGCCCCUGGAGCGGCGGGCCGCCCGGCAGCACCAGCGCUGCCUGGCCCACUCCCUCGUAGGCACGCCCAACUACAUCGCCCCCGAGGUGCUCCUGCGGACAGGUUACACCCAGCUCUGUGACUGGUGGAGCGUCGGCGUCAUUCUGUACGAGAUGUUGGUCGGACAGCCACCCUUCCUGGCGACAACACCGCUGGAGACGCAGCUUAAGGUGAUCAGCUGGCAGACGGCCCUCCACGUCCCCCCGCAGGCCAAGCUGAGCCCGGAAGCCUCGGACCUCAUCAUCAAGCUGUGCAGGGGCCCCGAGGACCGGCUGGGGAAGAACGGGGCCGACGAGAUCAAGGCGCAGCCCUUUUUCAGGACCAUCGACUUCUCCACGGACCUGCGGCAGCAGCAGCGGCCGGCGCCGUACGUCCCCAAGAUCGCGCACUGCACCGACACCUCCAAUUUCGACCCCGUGGACCCCGACAAGCUCUGGAGCAGCGGCGGCGGCGCCGGCCGCGGCGGGGGCGACGACGACGACGCGGAGGGAAGGAACGACGACACCCUCAACGGCUGGUACAAGAACGGCAAGCACCCUGAGCACGCCUUCUACGAGUUCACCUUCCGCCGGUUCUUCGAUGACAACGGGCACCCCUACAGCUAUCCCAGGCCCAUCGGGCCCGAGGAGUACAGCCGCGACGGCCUGGACUCGGAGCCCCAGCGGCGGGACGCGGGGGGGCAGGGGCGUGAUCUGGUGUACGUGUAGCCUGGGGGCCCGCGCGGACGCUGACCCGCUCGUUGCCAGUGUCGUCCGGGCCGCUGCUGGGGUACGAACAAGACGGUAAAGCUUGGGUGUUUGUAUGAUAAAGGAGGGGGCGUUCAGCCCUCGAUCGGCGGUGGGUUCGCGCUUGACCUUUGCCUUCACAGCAGGGAGCCAGGAUUUGGCUGGGAGACGGAACGGACAUUUCGGGAAAACGAACACAAGCAUCAGCAGAGAAGCUCCGGGGAGGACGUUGAAAGUCCCGUGCAGACUGUACGUUAGGUGUAUUUAUUUUGGGGUGUACAGUGUGUUCCUUGAAUGUGCUGCCUGAACAAAAAAACUUCAAAAACAAGUAGUGGAAAGGCAAAGUUAAAAUCUCUUCCUGUAUUCUGUAUCUGAAACUAUUUUAAAGAAAUAACCCCCUUUCAGCCUUAAUUUAUUUAAAUAUUGUAAACUGGUGAUGAUAGUACCUUUCAAGAUAAACACCAUAACUUGUUUGUUGUUGUUUUUUUUCCUUUAGGAGCUGAUUAUUUUAUUGAUAUUGUUUUAAUUUAUAUUUUGAGAAGUCUCAUGUCCAGUUGUAAAGG